AUGGAUUGGUAUCUAAGAGAACACGUGAGGAAGAGGACGCCUACCGACAGACUGGGACAAGGGGAUGAAGAAGAGCUGCGGGGGAGCAGCCUGGAAGAGAGUAGCAUUAGAGAGGAAAGAGUGGAAACGGAUAGGACAGGUUCAUUACCUAGUGUGCGAGUGAUUAGCAAUAAACAAGCCGACAGUUGGGCGGGAACAGACAGGCAGCCUACCCAAGCUGGCAUUGUGCCCCGCCAAAUAUAUCCCGAUACAUUACACCGACCUCUUCUCCACCUGAUUUAUCGGCAAUACGUACCGUCCGACUCCAUGCCCCAUCCAGGAACCCCCAUUCCGAGGGAGGAUUCACGAUCAGUGGCUUGGAAUGGAAACGGAUCCAGUUGGCAUGGCUUUCGCGGAGGAACGACGAUCCCGAUAGGCCAUACUAUCAAUCUGGAGGUAAUGUUCGUAGAGGAUAAUGACUCUAAAGAUGGGAUGAGGCCAAAUAUGUUUCUUCCAUAAAUUUCAGUAACCUACCAACGGUAGGCGACGUAAUAGAGUUUAUUGGUGAAUAUUUA